AUGGGUGCCUAUGUCUCCUCCCUGCUUGACUCUCUCAGCGCAUUCGCUGGCCAAAAGGAAGUCCGCAUUGUCAUGCUUGGACUUGAUGCUGCUGGCAAGACAACGAUCGUCUACAAGCUAAAGCUAGGGGAGAUUGUUACGACGAUUCCGACGAUUGGCGAGUUAAUCCGCCUCGUCGCUCCAUGA